GGGCGUUUUGAGGUGACGUGGUCAUAGGCAGGCACGCUCAGUCGUUCACGUUUGCUCCACUUUCCGCUAUUUAACUGUAUGAGCUGGCGUUUGUUGUGCUGAGAGUGGAGAUGAAGUUCUGUUCGCUUCUAGGCUACAUAUUAUGUGUGCUGGUGUUUGUGGCUCCUAGCCUUGGCCAGUAUGAGAAAUACAGUUUCAGGAGCUUUCCCCGGCACGAGCUAAUGCCCUUAGAUUCGGCGUACAAGUACGCCCUGGACCAAUAUACAAACGAAAAUUGGAAAGAAAGUGUCGAAUACUUGGAGGUGAGCCUCAGGCUGUACAGGUUGCUUAAGGAUAGUGAGGCCUUUUGCAACCUCAACUGCAGCACAGUGCGACUCGAUGACGAAGCCAAGUUUGCGGAUUUCCCCGAGCUCAAUUUCUUCGGCAAUGUAAUGAAGCGGGCACAGUGUCUGAAACGCUGUAAGCAGGGGCUUCCGGCCUUCCGCCAGACGCAGCCGACCCGUGACACGCUGGAUGAGUUCGAGAGGAGGGAGCCCUACAAGUUUCUGCAGUAUGCUUACUUUAGGUCAGACAACCUUGCUAAAGCUGUAUCUGCAGCUCAUACCUUCAUGCUAAAGCACCCCAAGGAUGAGAUGAUGCAAAGGAACAUGGCAUACUAUAAGAGUUUGCCUGGGGCGGAGGAGCACAUGAAUGACCUGGAGACCAAAAGUUACGAGAGUUUAUUUGUUCGAGCUGUUCGAGCAUAUAAUGGUGAGAACUACCGUACAUCUAUUUCGGACAUGGAGCUGGCAUUACCAGGCUUCUUCAAAGCCUAUGAUGAAUGUCUUGCUGCUUGUGAAGGAUCACGAGAAAUACGAGAGUUCAAGGACUUCUUUCCAUCAAUUGCAGACCAUUUCAUCCAUGUUCUGAAGUGUAAAUUGAAAUGUGAAGAUGAACUCCGGCCAGUUGUUGGAGGUUUUGUGGUGGAAAAGUUUGUGGCAACUAUGUACCAUUACCUUCAGUUUGCCUAUUACAAAUUGAAUGACAUGAAGAAUGCUGCACCCUGUGUUGCAAGCUACAUGCUGUUUGAUCCUGAUGAUGAGGUGAUGAAGCAGAACAUGGUUUACUAUCAGUACCACAAAGAGAAGUGGGGACUUGCUGACACAGAUUUCCUGCCACGAGCUGAAGCAGUCCGCUAUCAUAAUCAGACUACAAUGCAGAUGAAGCUGCUCAAAUUUGCCCAGACUCGUUUGGAAGAUGAUGAUGAGAUGGAAGUUCUGGAAUAUCUUGAUGAGCUUUUGGAUGCCGAGGGUGACAGUUAAGAUUCAGAGCGGGCCAUGUCUUUUUCCCCUGGUCUUUGUAUCUGAUCAGGACUUCUCCCAGAAAUGUGCCUCUGUGCAAGGAAGCAAUUAUAGGAAUGGCAUGAGCCAUCCUACUAGAGGAACCUUGUCACAAUCUACUUGUCAGUUCUCUGCUUGGUGCUACAGAAUGUGAAGCAAGAAACCCAAUUAUAGACCAUGUGACAGGCCAGAUUGCCAAAGCAGACGUCUGGUAAUGGGAAGCAGUGUGCAUUUGGGACAAAAGUCAAAGUUACUCUUAAGUCAUCAUUUUGCACAUUGGACUAAAUGUGACGGACUUGAAAAUCCUGGAGCUGACUUGAGUGGUACACAUGGAUUAAUUACUGUGUGCCCCACCAUGCCUUUGCAUCCAUCUAGCUGGAUCCUUUGACUCUCUGUGCAUGUGAUACUUCAACAACAAAUUUUGUCAAGAACAGAGAAUGGCAGGACUGGAGUGUUCUGACAGAUCACUCGUACAUCUAAGUAUUCAGUUUGUCUUAUGAAUGCUCCUGUUCCUCGUUGGUAAGAGUUGCCCUAUAUUAGUCUCAAUUUAUAAAAGUGCCUUAGACGUGUGACUCUUCCUUUUGCUGCACUAGAGCAGUGGAUGUUUACAAAGAUGUUGAUUACAAUGUUACACCCCAUUUUUUGGGUCUCUUUAGCAGACCUACUUUAACAGUAGGCAUAACUUGUUGCUGUGGUCCCCUGUCCAUCACCCAUGAUCCACUUGGGUUCAUAUCUGCUUCUAGUCUGCUUUGCCUGAGUUUGACAGGAAUGUAUUGUUUACAUUAGAAGCAUAAUAGUAGUCACUACACUGAGAGAGUCAAAGCAGAACACAAAGGCCUCCAGAUCAUUUUUCAUUUUUCUCAUUUGCUGUAAUAAUAUUGUACUUGUUGUCCUAACUUUGUACAUAUUUUCUUUUUGAGUUUUCCCUACCAGGCAGCUUGGUCUUGGUGAGUUUUUAAAAUAAACCUAUUUAUAAUGG